UUCCGGCCUUUUCAGAUACGGACAGGUACGGCACUGCGCAGGUAGCUGCAUGCAGUGUAUAGCAAACCUGCACGUAUUAUGUACAUUGUGGUGUAAUACAGUGUGUGCGGCAAUGCAUUGUUAUACACCUGCAUGCCAACGGAUUUAAUUUUGAUCGACAGAAGAAGAAAAACCAGUCAGAAUCCGCUGUAGAAAUUAGAAUUUUAUCAAUUGAUGGGGACAAUAUAGGCCUAAGUUGCAGGAAAAUGAGGUGAGAAAUUCGGAGAGAUACGCCGCGGUUAAGCAGUGGCGUUUCGUGGUAUUUGGCAGCGAUGUACGAGACCAUAGAAACGAUGCAUGGGGCGAAGGUGCAUGUAUAGUGGAAAUGGUGGCCAUUCUUGUUGACUCAACCAGACACCAGAAACUGUGCUAGGAUCUUCGGUAGGUAGGCCUACGUGUGCAGAUAUUGUAUCGUUGAGUGCAUGGACAGUGUUUGCGUGGGAAGUCCGUAUCCAAAAUGACGGAUUCCGGAUUGGUAACGAGUGCGAUAAGUACGGGUUUGUGGAUAUCUCCGGAUUCGUUGACGACUGAGCCUUCCGAAAUCAUGACUGUUGGCUUGAGCACAAUUGACUUGGAUGCUUCGACCGGUGAUCUGUCUACUACUACAGAUGAUGUUAAUCUAACGGGGACAUUGGAUAAUGCCACUGGAUUGACAACAGUGUUACAGAAUGUCACCAGUAGUGCAAUGAUGUCAUCGUCGUCUUGGAGUACAGGAGAGGUGAUGACGACGACAGUAGCAGACUCAGCGGUAGCUGUAGCUGCUGCCGUCUUCUUGUCGAUCUUCGUCCUCAUAGCACUGGUUGGAAACGUGUGUUGCCUGAUCGCUCUCACUCACAAAAACCUGGAAAAGACGUUCGUGUUGAACACGUUCCUGGGCAACAUUUGCGCUGUCCAGCUGUGCGACAGCGUACUAACGAUGCCGCUGGUAAUAGGGGCCGCCGCCAGUGGAUACUGGCCAUACGGUGAAUUCAUGUGUCAGUUGAGUGCCUUCGUCCUGAAUUUGAUCAACGUUGAGACCAUUAUAGCUCUGGCUUUACUGGCCCUCGACCGCCUGUUGGCAGUGCGUUGGCCCAACGUUUACAGCAAGAUGAACCGGGUGAAAGCCAGCCUUAUCACAGGGUAUGCUUGGCUUCACGGUACGGCAUUCACUCUGGUCAUCGUUGCAGGAGUGAUAACAACGGAGUACCUCCCAGACUGUUACCUCUGUUCCGUUUCCUCGCAGACUGGAACAGUUUACUUGGUGUUUUUCUCGUUGUUUUGCUACAUUUUACCGUUGAUCAUCAUCGUCUCAAUGUAUGUGGUCAUUAUCAAGGUAGCAGUGGACGAAAAGCCCACUGUGCAGAAUUUCAACGCUGAGGUUAACUACGCUAACAGGUUGGGUCGCCGAUCCAAGUUGUGGAGAGAACUCAGACAAGCCAAAACUGUAGGGGCACUCGUGAUCCUGUGGUGCCUCUUCGAAGGCCCCUAUCUUGCCAUACAGACUGUCUACUUGUACGGUGACUCCGGUUACCCUAGUGCUUCUGACAAUGUGUUCUCAACUCCAGUCAAAACUGGCUUUACUUGGAUGCGGUUCUGCUACGCGUGGAUCGUGCCGCUUGUUGUUUUCGUAGGCGUUCCAGAAGUCCGGGAGCAAUUAUCAAGCACUUGUGCUUGCCGCAAGAAAAAUAUGGUGGACUCGGGUCGACAAGAGAUACUGGCCCAACCUGGGGUUCGCACGUCAUGGGCGCCGAGCGACUCGUCCAACAGCCAACCUUCAACUCUCGGUCGUUCCUUCCACGUCCCGGUCCUCUUUGCCACGUCCGGGGGACUACGUCUGCAGAUCGGUAACAAACAGAGGGGGAACGAUGUAGACAAGGCAGAAGAUUUCCACCAGGGCUUUUACCCGGAUCCCCGGACCAAGUAUGACCCUACCAAGUCCCGCUACCCACCGCCCCUGACCCCAGUGCCGCAGAGCAGCGAUGAGGACACAGGUGGGAGCUGGGACAUCCGUGCUGCUGUCCGAGGUGACAGUCCAGAGCCUGGUGAGAUAGCCCAGGAGAUCCCCCAGGCGUCCCUCAGGAAAUCAUCGGACCCGGAUCGAGAUCGUUCGCCAAGCACCUCGUCCAGUUUCCAACUCUCACUCACAAGCCGGGAGCUGAAAUUGAGCCGCAACAACGGUACCCCUCGUAGUCCAAACGGAGCGCCUUCCCCUAGCCCAGUGGUUACCCCACGUCAACAAGCGCCAGAGACACCGCCCGGAUCCAUUCCCCAAUCGGAAACCAACACACCUCGCUAAGGUCAGAAAUUCCCCGCCCUUUUUUUCCAACGUUGCCUGGAGAUGAGGCGAAUUAUCACCGACGAGCUUUUUUGGGAACUUGGAGCAGCAGCUUUGAAUGACGUCGUGAGCUCCUAUUGUCUGGGUGAAGGUGACAUUGACCUGCUGCAUUUUUGGAGGUGAUAAAUGAUUUCGGUUGCUUGUACACGUAUUUACUUAAGAGCCAUUUUGAGGGAUUCUCUUUGUAUUUUGCAGUCUCGAAAUAUUCUUGGCAUUUAUUGCUUGAAUGUCAUGUUUGUCGGGUCGUUAUGAAGUUGCCAUCAAGCCUAUAUUCUGAUAAUGUAUGUAUGGGUCAAUUGAGAUGUCCACCACUUUUUAAAAUCUCAGUGCUUAUUAAUUCAAGGAAGUAGGCAUGCUUACAUUUUAUGUUUUUGUUGUUGAAUUGCUUGACAAAAGAAAAACAAAUACACGUUAUCUACGGUAUAGACUUGUGUUAUAUUCUCCAAAGCGAAACUUGCCUACAUUCAGGCCGCACCAAACUGUUGUCAACCCGGGGUGUUGUACAAAAUGAAAAUGAUAAAUCUGAUCUUGACUAUUGAUUGAACGGUUUUGCAUACCUUGAUCAUUAUCACAUCCGCAAAGGAGAUUAUCUUUUCAUCGGAUUUGGUUGGUUUGUUGGUUGGUUUGUCUGUUAACAAGAUAACUCAGAAAGUUAUGGACGGAUUUGCACGAAAUUGUAUUUAGCCUAGGGUGGUCCUUGGUACAAAUACAAAUCCAUUACAUUUUGGAAGUGAUCAUAUAUCCAGAUCUGGGUCUGGAUCCAGGAUUUUGUUUGAAGGAUUCUUCACCAUUUAUAUGCGAGUAUUUUUUUUGGGGGGGGGGUGUACUGACAGUAUGGCGGGGAAUUAUUGCUUAGCCUUGACGGAGGUUUUCGCUCUCCGGGGGCUUUCUAUUGAAAUUACAGUCUUUCAUCGUACAUUGUUCUGUUAUGUUUUUACUUGAAUUAGUCCUUUUUAUGCAGAUUUUAUACAUGAAUUUGUUUCGACUUGAAAUCGUGGUUGCAUCACAACCGUGGUGUGUCACCUUCGAUAUAUAUUUUGCAACUCCGUCUGUGCCCUGACAUUGGUUUCACUUUGACAGACCUUUGAUUAAGUAUGGCUCAGUACACACACUCUUUAACCAUCAAACAAUGUCGAUUAUCAUCGCUGUAAAAUGAAUAAUGCAAAUCAGGACCACAAUCGACGGCUGUUUGAGCACUUGCUGUGGUAGAUAUUCGCUCGUAUCCAAUCGCCUUAAACUAAAGCUCGCUGGUGAAUUGCUUUAAAUGACUUCACACGGUAUUUAAAACCAGUCAUAUUUUCACUUCGAGUAAGUUGUUUCAUUAAAUCGGUAGGGCCGUUCCGGGUAAUAACAACGUUCCUAUACUGCCUUUAAUCAGUGACCCCAAAAGGGCAAGACUUCCACGUGCGCCUAACGUAAACGCACAUUCGUGGCGGUACUCUACCCACAGUGCCUUGCGAAGCCUGUAUUUCCUUCACCAGCGCCCUUGGAUGGUACGUUUGGUACGAGCGACCAACGAAACUUGGAGAUAGGUCAGGUACGGGCGUACGUGUACAUGUACUUUACUCCAUCUCUGCAUGGGGCAUCGUCGGGGCAAGUUCAUUAUAGUGAAAACGUUUUCAAAAAGACCAGUGAAGCGCAACUUAUUGGAAGAGUGCAUUGUUCAAUUUUAUUUUUUUGUAACCUCCAUCUCAAGUGGAAAUGCCUUUGGAAAUGUAUAUUCCUUAGGAAAUGUGUGUGUUUUUGCAAUAGAUUUACUAGGGACUAAAAUUUGUAUGUAUAUAAAGAAUAGAAUAGAAUAAUUUUGAAAUCCGUCCAUGUGAAUCAGUAUUUGCCUCACGAGUACAUGUGAUAAGUUCACCUUGAGACCUACUACACACAAGCAAUUUAUAAUAGUAGCUAUAAUAAGAUGAUUUGGUAAAAAAAAAUAUUUGCAAUAUGAUUUGAUGCGCAAUUUAUAUCUAUUUUUACAGGAGCAGUCAAUAACAAUAGAAAUUAAGUAAUAAGAACACAUGUACAAAUGUACAUUCGACUCUCGUUUAAUAUUAUAGCUGGACCUAUCCAAAAUGUUUGCUAUAUCAGAAUUGUGUAUUAAGUGGAGUAUUGGUCCCAUUCAUUGUGCACAUAUAGCGUGUGUCAAUAAAAACGCAGGAUUCAAAGCGAUUUUUUUCUGAAAAAAUUAUGCUACUGGUGUGCCUAAUUUGAU